AUGUCAACAAUCGGCACAACAACACUUCAAACAACUACAGCACCAAACUCUUUAGUCAUGAAUCCAACAUCUAUGUUAGUAGAGAUGAAAAGCUUCAUUCCUUCUUCAUAUACUUUCGAAACAAAAAUCCAGAAGAUAAAGCAAGAACUUUUAACAAGUAAUUUAGACUGUAGUGCGAAAGAUGAAACAAAUGAACAGUAUCUUUAUGAAAUGGAGGACAUUAUUGACCAUUUGCCUAAACUACCUGAAAUUCAACAACAAAAACUCACUAUUCCUGAAUUCGAUGAAAUAGAAGUGAAACCAACUGACUCAGUAGAAAUAAAGAAGUUCAUACGAAAGGUAAACUAUGAGUUUCUAGGAUUUCAUUGCAACCAUAAGGUUAUGGACAAAGAUUGCGACAUGGUAUAUAAGAAUGUUUCUGACAUAUAUAAAUCUGAAGAAUUUAAGACCUACGACAACUUUGUUUCGUUAGUUGCUGAAUGUGUAUGGCAGAUAAGAGAUGAAGAUAGAAGAGGUAAAGUAUGGAAUAAACAGAUAAAACCAGCAACUUUUGAGUUAAAGAAAACCAUUGACGCUUUAGUUGUUUUAGCAGGUAAGGUUUCAGAAUAUAACGCAAAAAUGAACCCGCAAUGUUCUAAAUGUAAAGCAGCAAUGAGGAGAUAUAACUACUCC